CCCUCUCUCGACUCAGCCUUCAUGCACUGUGUGUGCAUCGGAGGAAAUCAACGUCAGUCAUACCGGUUUGGCAGAGAAGACUAAACGGUCAUUGCUGUUAAUGAGAGCUGCAGUGUAGAUUGUGGACUAUUCGAUUUACAUCUAGAAGCAAACAGGCAUAGAAGCAAGUUGCACCAAAGAUUUUGCAACCUUCCUUGGGCCAACUCGUGUGUGUCUGCUUGUUCCAAGCUGUGUAUGGCAAUGCGGCGGGUAACGGUGCCAUUGGUCGCCGGGCUGGUCAUGGUGGUGGUGUUGUCGCUGCUGGCUGAACACUGUUGGGCGGAUGGUGGGGGCCUUGCUGAACGAGUUAUUUGGGCAGUGAACGCUGGCGGGGAAGCUCACACAGACAUGCAUGGCAUUCAUUUCAAGAAGGAUCCAUUGGAAGGAAARCUUGGGAAAGCUUCAGAUUAUGGAGUGCGUCUGCCCAUAUUGCGCUCUAGUCCCGAGGACCAGAUUCUCUACCAGACAGAACGCUACAAUGAGGAUACUUUUGGCUAUGAGGUGCCGAUUCGUGAGGAAGGAGACUAUAUACUUGUCUUGAAGUAUGCAGAGGUCUACUUUGCUCAGUCUCAGCAGAAGGUAUUUGAUGUGCGUCUUAAUGACCAUGUGGUGGUGAAAGAUCUGGAUAUCUUUGAGCGGGUGGGUCACAGUACAGCUCAUGACGAGAUUGUGCCCUUCUCCAUACGCCGCGGUAAACUGAGUGUCCAGGGGGAGGUGUCCACCUUCAACGGCAAGCUCACUGUGGAGUUUGUCAAGGGUUAUUACGACAACCCCAAGGUCUGUGCUCUGUAUGUGAUGAAGGGGACAUUAGAUGAUGUACCAAAACUUCAGCCUCACCCUGGACUGGAGAAACGUGAAGAACUUGAGGAGGAGGAGGAAGAGGAGUCUGAGGCAGGAGAGGAGGGUGGUAAGAAGAGUACCUCGACAGCUCCCAAGUACAGGGUCCAGUCAGGCCCCAGAACACCAAACCCGUAUGCGGCCGACAAUAGUAGCCUCAUGUUCCCUAUCCUGGUGGCAUUCGGGGUGUUCAUCCCUACACUCUUCUGCCUCUGUCGGCUGUGAGAAUGUAAGAUAGAGGGGGAAACAGAACAUGAUGGACAAGAGACU